AUGGCGGCUCUCCUCUUGCUCGCGGCCGUCGGCUUCUCGCCGCGGGCGGCCGCCCGCACGUCGACAGGCGCUCGCCGCGCCCUUGGACACACUCAGGAGCGAGAGCCGCAACCUGCUCAGCACAUCAGGCUCUACGAGUACAUCCCUCUCUACCUGACGGGCAGCACCCGCGCGCAGGAGAUCACCCGCGAGCACUACAUGGGCGAGAUCCUCUUCCCUGGGAUGAGCCGCCGCCCGACUCUGGACGGCCGCCACAGCCUCUUUCAGCACGACUACCACUGGGAGCUCUCCUUCGGCUGGACCAACAAGAGCUUCGGGGGGAGCAUCUUCCUACAUCAGCGGUUUCUGCAGGCACACCUACGUCUGAUCUACCCUCCGCCCGCGGCGCUCACGGGCCGCUGCGGCGCGACAGUGCCGCUCCUCGGUGACCCAGGCUAUGACCUCGUGGGCACGCACCAUGAUGGAGUCUGUGGGCAGUCGUCGCACGCCCUUCAGCGGGGCGGACCUCAGCUCGGCGACUACGUGGACGUGACGUUUCUCGGCUCCUCGUCCCUGCUCGGGCCCGACUUGUGGAGCGAGGUCGACAGCGCCGUGGGCACCUUCCUGGAGCUGGAGGGCCUCUCUGGACGUCUUCGGCAACGGUUCCUCUCGGACCACGACACCUUCUUUGUCAGCGGGGACACCUUCAUAGGGACGCACGGACGAUCACGCAGGAUCGACUUCUUCUACGCCCCGUCCUCCCUGGAGUCCCACACACGCCAGUGCAAGGCCCCCAUGGGAGCAGGACGCCGCCUCAACAUAUUGUACGAUCGAGACCACCGCUCUGUCUACGCGGGCGACAUCUUCGAGGCCCACGCGCUGCACACCUGGGACUACGACACGAUCAUGCUUCGUCUGGAGGGCGCCCUGAAGUCGCGCGACCUGCAGCAGGCGGUCACGUUCCUCCCCAAGUUGGUGCGCCUGCACGCCCAGUUGCUCAGGGACCUAGCGGACUCGGAACGGAUCAGCAUCGUGACCACGCCCACGGCUACCUCGAUCGUCGCAGCUCGGGAAGCGGGCAAGAUGGACGCAGAGGCGGCGCAGUUCCCCGAGGCGAAGCUGCGCACGCGCCACAACGACCAGUACACCAGGAUGCAGUUCGCUAGCGCGGACCAGAUCACACUGAAGAGCGUCAACCCAGACGGCCCUCGGGAGACUUGUCUCGACGUUCUGGGCGGCCGCCAGAAGAUGGGGACGGGCCACCUGGAAUCGAUGGCCCAGAAACUGCCAGACAAGAACCGCCAGAUCCACUACGGCCAGAAGGGCU